AUGCGCAACAGUAUUAUUUUUCGACGUGGCGUAUAUCACAAUGCACCGAGUGUAUAUCCAUUUGUGAAGCCCUUUCAUGAUACACCGUAUGACGAGGAUAGGGGUAAACAUUAUGUUGGGAGAAAAAGAUGGCUUAAAAAUAGUUGGCCUGAAUGGAUGGAUAAUGGAGCUGAUGCUUUUGGAUACGGGAUAGGACUUCAUCGCGUGCAUCCCCUUUCAAAGUUGCGUGGUAAUCUUAAAACUAGUCCUUCUCAUGUUCCACGUGUUUUGAACAUGAUGAUUCAAGGUGUAUGGCAUAAAAGCGGUGUGAAGUUGUAUUUUCGUGGUGGUAAACCCCCAAACCCAAGUAAACAUCCAUAUUUAACGGGGGAACCUUGUCCCGUCUAUGGAUGGAGGAUAACAGAUGAAUCUGUUAUCCGACAAUUUAACAUGCCAAGCGUAGAUGUUACAAAGGUGCGAUACAAACCUUAUGUUGCGUUACAAGAGAGAAAAAUAAUGGGAUUGGACACGCAUAAACCUGUUGUGUCUCAAACACCAAAGAAGGAUUCGGAUGCUAAACCCUUGGUUAAAAGACUUUUUUUCUGGCAGUGA